AUGCAAAGAUUUCUCGCUCGAAUGAUUGGUGCUCAUGAUGAAACUCCAGAACAUCACACACCAAUGUCCAGUGCCUCUGAGAUGAGUGACCACUUCUCACCAGAUUUUAACUCCUUCCUCGAUACCGUUCCUUCCAUAAAUUCCAAACAUUCUGAUUCAUCAACUGCUGCCUAUCCCAUCACAUCGAAACAGAACCAAUUGGUUGUGAAUAUAGGAUCUGUUCCAUCAUCGAAUAUACAAUCAUCGACCACUGCAGCUGUUGCUCCAAUCAGCAUUGGUACCAAACUCUUUGACUCGAAUGUGAAUGUUAUGCAACCAUCCGAUUUGGAAUGUCCAUCAAACUUGAGAACAGGAGCUUUUACCUUUGAUCCAUCUUCAUCAAUUGUUAGACCUGCUGCUGGAGUGGCCACUGUUCAAACUGAUGAUCUUUCCAAGCUAUUGGCUCAACAUUCUAAUAGUCUAGUACACAAUCAAACAACUUUGGAAACAGCCAUAACACCAAAGAGAAAUUCACACAAUUUGGAUUCUUUAUUAUUGGAUAGUGAAGAUUCAAUAUCUCAAUUUAGUGUGCAAAGUAGUUGUAAUAGUGAAAUGACAAGAUCUACCAAAAGUAAAAUGUCAACUAAGAGUAUUCCAAAAACUCCACUUGGCACUUCAUCAACACGUAAAAGAGAAUAUUUGGCACUCACUAAUAACUUUAAUUCAUUCUAUAAUGGCAUGAUUGAGAAUCAAAAUACUAUUCUAAAUGCACUUUCUGAAAAGAAUCAAGAAAUCAUCUCUGAAAUUGCUCAAUCGAGUCAAUCCAUUAAUGAUAUGGGAUUUAAGAUUAAUGAUUUUGUUGCUCAACAAGUUGGUUGUUUGAAAUUGGAUUUGGAAAGGGAAAUUUCUCAAUUACAAUCCAUGAAUAAUCAAGUAUUACAACAAUUAAUUACCAAUCAAACUCAACUCAUUUCACAAAUUCAAUCCCUUAAUCAAACUGCACAAACUAACCAAGAAGAAAACAAAAACUUGAAACUCAUGCUCUCUGGAUCCAUCACUAUUGCCAUUAUUGGAUUUUUGGCACAAUUUAUUUGCUUGGUUUCGGAAAGAGGAAAGGUUAAUAAUAAUUCAUUGGGAAAAAUUGUAGGCUUGAGAUGUUUUAGUACAAGAAAUAAUUUACUAUCAUCAAAUCAAAAGAGAAUUUUGUUUUUUGGAUCGGAUUCAUUCUCACUGGAAACACUCAAGUUAUUACAUUCGGAAUUUGUAAAAACCAAUGAAGCUGAUUUGUGUGUUCUUUGUCCACCUGAUAGAAAGACAAUUAGAAGAAAUCAAGCCGAAUAUAAGGAAUGUAUUGUCAAGAAUUAUUGCAUGGAAAAUAAUAUUGAUUAUUUCCAUCCGAUUGAAACUGAAAAAUCACCAGAGGAGAGAAAGAAAAUUCAACGAUUGGAUAUUACAGACAUUCCGAGAGAGGAACGAUUAUUUGGAGGAAAUCAAGACAAUUUUACUCCAAGCUUUGAUGUUGGAGUGGUUGUGAGUUUCUCUUACUUCCUUCAGAAGGGAUUAUUGGAUCAAUUUAAAACAAGGGAUGGUCAACAUUCUACCAUAUUUAAUAUUCACCCUAGUUUAUUGCCACGUUAUAGAGGACCUGCUCCUAUUCAUCACGCCUUACUGAAUGGAGAUUCAGAGACUGGUGUCACAAUUAUGGAAUUGGAUGAUAAGGAAUUUGAUAUUGGUAAUAUUGUAAAGCAACAAAAAUUCAACAUUGAAAAAACAGAAACAUUUACUCAACUUCAUGAUAGGUUGGCAGUACGUGGGGCUGAAAUGAUGAUUGAUACAAUUCGUGCAUGUAAUUUUGAUUUUACAAAAGUACAAAGAAUCAAUCAGGAAAAUCUCACUAAAACCAUUGCUGCCACUAGAGCUAAGAAGGUCAACUUUGCUAUAGGUGAAAUUUCUCUUAAGGAUGAAAACGUAUUUACCAUUUACAAUAAGUGGAGGGCUUUGGAGAAAAUACACGUCCCAUUCCAAAACACAAAGAUUUUACUGAAACAAUUAGAUUAUCCAGUAAUUGAUUCUUCAGAGGAUAAUACUCCAAUAGGAACAUUAUAUAUUGAUAGCGACAAAUCUCUUUCACUCAAAUGUGUUGGUGGUAAAUUGAAAAUCAAAGCUUUACAAAUGGAAAAUAAGAAGGAAAUGUCAGCAAAUGAUUUCAUAAACGGAAAUAGAGGAAAACUACCAAUGAAAUUAUUGGCUUAA